UAUCGACAUACACAAAGCGCAUCACACAUACAAAGACAAAAAAAAUAAGCAGGCUGCAUACGAAAAAUUAAAAAAAUUAAUUAAGCGCUGCCUACGACGAGUUUGUGCUAAAGCAAAUAAAUAAUAUUUUCUUGUGUGUGUCGUCCAAACAACAGCAGCAAAAUAACCAAGUUUAAUAUACGCCUUGAGAACAUCAUGUCGAAAAAUAAAAAACUGUCGCUAUCGGGCGACUCAACAGAGAAAUUUAUCUACAAACCCAAGGACUUGAUAUGGGCCAAAAUGAAGGGCUUCACACCAUGGCCAGGAAUGAUUGUCGAGCCGCCGCUAGAUCUGCUUGCCCAGCAGCGACGCGCCAAUACGAAAUGUGUGUUCUUUUUUGGUUCGCGAAACUUCGCUUGGAUUGAGGAGCACAAUAUCAAGCCUUUUGAAGGACCGUGGAAGGAUGAGCUUGCUAAGGUUAGCAAGCCGGCUGCCUUUCGGCACGCUAUGGCCGACAUUGAUAAAUAUGUGGAGAAUCCGGCCGAGAUUGAUAGUCAAAUCGAUGAAAGCUGCGGCAUGGGCAAUCAUACUACCGAAGCUGAUUUUGACAAGAUUCGCGACGGCCUUGACAGCGAUGAGAGUCCCGAAACGGGCACUGAUGGCAACAAUGGAGUUGUCCCUCAUGUGGUUGGCAGUCCCGAUGAAUCCGAUGGGCUGACCUCGAAUGCUGCAGUCGAAAAUAAUGCAACUUCCCCAGUUGUGACAACUACGCCCACAGUCAAGAGCCAAGCGAAACGCACACCCAAAGCUAAGUCCAGUGCUGCUGUUGCCGUCAGCAGCAAGCAGGCGAGCAAAGCCGCUUCGGCCAAAUCAGCAGCAGCACAAAAGCGUCGCAUCUCGGCACAACACACGCCCACCGGUGCAAGCACAGCUAAGCGUGGACGACGCGCCGCAUCUGGCGAAGCUGAUCACUAUGAGAGUCCGAAUGCGGAUUACGAUGGCGCUAGCUCGUCAUCGCUUGCGGCACGAGCACGCAUCGACACAGACGCCUUUUUAGGCUCAUUAACAAAGCGCACACCGAAUGCAAUUGCGCUGCUGGAUCGACCUGUGGUCACACGACCCGAGACACAGGCCAUUGACAUGAAUUCGCGCUCCAAUACGUUGGCAGAUCGCGAUAUUGUGCCGUCGGAUCAGACAUUUGGUUUUCUCGGUCUGGGCAUGAUGGGAUCGACCAUUGUCAAGGACUUGAUCUAUACAAAACACAAGGUUGUGGUCUGGAACCGCACCAUUGAUAAGUGUCAGCCUUUUGUGGAUGCUGGGGCUGAGGUUAAGGACACUCCCAUGGAUGUCGUGGAGGCAGCAGACAUAAUCUUUUGCUGUGUCUCAGAUCCCAAGGGUGCCAAAGAUCUCGUAUUUGGCAACUGUGGCGUUUUGCAGUUAAAGGAUCUGCGAAAUAAGGCAUACGUCGAAAUGUCAACCAUUGAUCCAGAGACAUCGAUGGAUAUAGGAGAGGGCAUCAAGCAAUGUAAUGGUCGCUAUUUGGAGGCACAAAUUCAUGGAUCACGACAAGAGGCCGCCGAGGGCAUGCUGAUCAUAUUGGCCGGCGGUGAUCGCACAGUCUUUGAGGAGUGCCAUUCCUGCUUCAAAACUAUAGCCAAGAACACCUUCUUCUUGGGCACAGAUGUUGGCAACGCAUGUAAAGUGAACCUCAUUUUGCAAACAAUCCUGGGCGUUAGUCUCGUCGGCCUGGCAGAGGCGUUAGCUUUGGCUGAUCGUUUUUCCAUUUCGUUAAACGAUAUCAUAGACAUAUUCGACUUAACUUCUAUGAAAUCGCCGUUGCUGCUGGCCAAGGGCAAAGAAAUGGCCAAGGGCGACUUUAAUCCGCAGCAACCAUUAAGUCAUAUGCAGAGAGACUUGCGCCUAGUGCUCAACAUGGCUGAGAAUUUGGAUCAGUCAAUGCCAGUGACGAGCAUUACGAAUGAGGUGUUUAAGCACACAAAACGCUUGGGGUACAGCGAGCACGAUUCUAGUGCUGUAUUCGUAAGAUCCAGAUUUUAACAUUUAGUUAACACGACUACCAUUUAAACUAUACAUUAUCAUUUAGUUUAAACCGUACAUCAAACGAAUGAAACACAUCCAUAUAAACUGACACACACACACAGAGAGAGAUCCACGCCACAGACAGGCAGACAGACAGACACAGACACACACACACACAUAUUCAGUCGUGUUGAAAGCAAUAACCAAACAAUAUGUAUAAGCAAUGCUUGUUGCAAUAAUUUGCAUCACAUUUUUGUAGUUAUUGUUCUUGCAACACGAAUUCUAAUCCAUUCAUAUCUCUACUCCCCCUUAACUGCCUCUUCACUUUCCUCCAUCCAACCAACAAAAAUCAACAAACAAAACGCAAUCACACACAAAACUAGAGUAACUUCUAUCCAGAUCAAAGUCUAAAGCAAGCAACCAGGUCAAUUAACAUUCUGGCGAACAUGCCAACCAAAUCGGGUCUCUUCACUCGCUUGGGGAUGCCGCCGACAAACUCGCGGCGCCUGCGCUCGGCCAGCGUUUGAGAUCAGAUAUGUGAGAGCAGAUCAAGAAAGAGGAAGAGAGAGGGAGUUAAACAGAGUGUGAAGCGAUCAAGAAAAUGAUGUGAAUUGACGGGUGACCUAUGAAUGAGACAAGAUCAAGCAGGAAUAUAUAUGUUUAUAUAUAUAGAUAUAUAUGAAUCCUGCAGUUGUGUGUUAGCGGACCGCUUUCAUACCUCCUUGUGCGUUAUAAUUUGUAAAAGUUUUGAUUUUUUUAAUAUUCAUAUUAUAAUAUUGUUUUGAAUUAUUUUGGGCCCAAUGUUGUCAGCCGACGCCGCUGUACGAGCAAUAAUUCUGCAUGACUUGCGACCCCCUCAACCCCGCAUGUUCAAAUAUCGCACACAAAUUGAGCAAGUCUGUAAAUUGUUGAAAGCCCGAAAUUAUUUCAUCUAUUCUAUUCUACUUUGUUGCGUAAAACUUGACGUUUAACCAAAAAAAACUAUAUAUAUAUGUAUUUCAAAGUGUAUAGAGCAUGCGAUUAAGUGUACAAAAUGAAAUUACUAAAAAAAAAAAAAAAUAAAAACUUCUAAAAAUCAUUGGAAAAUCUUCAAGAGCUAUUGCUUGUUCGCGGCGCUGGCUGCACAUUAUUAUGAAAUUUAUUUUUAACCAAAAUAGAAAAGAAACAAAACUUCAUUUUAGCUAGUUUACUUAUAUCGCACAUAAAUCUAAUUUGCAUAAUGUCCUAUGCAAGAACUGCAAUACCAA